GGCUGGCUCCCUGGGCGGCGGCGCGAUGAGCGGGUCCGGCGAGCCAGCUGCGGAGGCCCCGGCAGCCACCGGAGCGGGAGUUCGGAUCGUGGUGGAAUACUGCAAACCUUGUGGCUUUGAGUCUGCCUACCUAGAGCUGGAAAAUGCAGUAAAAGAGGAAUUUCCUGACGUGGAGAUCGAAUCCCGACUUGGAGGGACAGGUGCUUUUGAAAUAGAAAUAAAUGGGCAGCUGAUCUUCUCCAAGCUUGAAAAUGGAGGAUUCCCUUAUGAGAAAGAUCUCAUUGAAGCCAUCCGCAAGGCUGGCAACGGGGAGCCCCUUGAGAAGAUCACCAAGAGCCGACCACCUUGUGUCAUCCUUUAAGUCUCUCUUUUCUCUGGUCCAAACCUGCCCACCCACCCUUAAGUCUCGCUCUCCCUGCCUCCACCUCCUACUCUAGUUUAAUUACCUUGGUAGGUGGAGAGAGGAUGAAACACAGCAAGGUGAUUUGGGUUGCUAACACACAAGAAGCCUUAUAAGCAAGAACCUGAGCCAGUUUAAGGAGGUGAGGAGAACAAGGUGCUUGCUAAAUUAAUUUGGGCAGAUCAGCCUUCCUGCUUGGGGAGCCUCUCCUGUUUUUAAAAAGACCAGAAUGGAUUUUGUCUUAAUGUGACUGCUGCAUUUCUGUCCUUAUGUGUAACUGGUAAGGAUGAAGCCCUCCCCCAUCUCCUUUCAGAAUUGGGUCAUCUCUUCUGACCUUUAGUGGUUCAUCCUGGGCCAUCAGCUAUCUUCCUCCUCCCAGGUCCCCAUAACCCCCUUUAACUGAGAGCCAGGAUGAGCUAGUAUCUCGUCCUGCCCUCAUUGAAAUCUUAUCUUAUCCAGUCUGGAUAGGGUUCAUACUGUUGCAGCAAGCUCUGAAGGACCUCAGACACCUUCAAACUAUAGUCUUGGGGACCAGUGUAGAAAGCUGCUCACUGUUCGCACAAUAUGUGGGAGAAUUUCCACAACACUUCUGCAAUUGUCCCCUUCUCUGUCUUGCACCACCGCCCAAGUGUGGGCUUGAAAGUGGAGGCUUGGCUUAGCUUGAAGCAUUCAUCUUUUGGUGUUAAGGUCUACCUGGUUGGCCAGUACAGUGGUGAUGCAGAGCUUGUUCAAGUCCCACCCAUUAUCCAUAGCAACCUGUACAACAGAGAUUUGGGGCUUCUUUUAUUACAGCAGCUAUAAGGGCAGGGCAGGCACCUGCAGUGGAACAGAUCUCCUCAAGCCAGACCAGAUCUUUGUACAAAGGAGAAAAUGACUACCUACCUGCCAGUUGCUUUAGCCUUUUUUCUCUUUUUGAAGGCUAGCAUGAAACUCAGCAUAGUUCAGAACAGGCUAGUGAUACAGUGAGAACUUGCUUCUUCAAAGCUGUUUAGUCAAUAGUUAUAAUUCUCUCUGCAGAACUGCAAGAACUUUUUUUAAAAAAAAACCACAACUAAACCAUAUACUCUCAAGCAUUAUCCAGCUAUACAAGGAAGCAUUUUCAAGAUCUGUUGAUUUCAGGAUUGAAAUACUUGCUUAAUUCUCCUGCUGCAAACCCGUGGAACUUGAGAUAUUUAAUUCUGGUUAGAUUGCUCAUAUGAAUGCACACAUGCCUUUUUUAAAAAAACAAAACCCUGAUCUCUUGCAGUUAGCAUGCUUAGACCUGCAUUUCCAGAAUGUAUAUGAUGGCCUGAUUAUGCUGUUAAGUUUCCCUGCCAGUGCGAUAUAGCAGCCAAUGAAACAGAACAGGGGUAGGAAAGGUCUGGCAUAAUAGGCCACACAUCUUGCUUUGCUAGGUGUGAAAGAGCUGCUGUGUAGUUAUUGUCAUGAAUAUCCAUCUCAUCUAGCUCAAAUCUGAAAUUCCACUUUCAUGCCUCCACCCUGUUCCUAGGCUCUUGGGUUUUGUCACCCCGUUUUCACUUUUCUAAUCUGUCAAUUGGUGAAUUUGGCACAUCUGCCACGGUUGAAGUGCAAAGUGACACAUAAGUGCUGCUGCUAAGAAGGGGGAGAUCGGAGAACGCCAGUCAUGCCUCCCACCACCUCCUGUUGUCUAGUUUACGUGCUGCAAACGUUGAUGAAUUUAUGUUUGAUCCAAUUUAUAUAAAGGGAAAAAAGUUAAAUGCU